AUGUCUAAGGCCAACGACAAUGAGCCCACCGAUUUCGUCCAUCAAAUUGCCAUAGAAUUAUCUCGGGCGUUAAAUCUUCUGAAUCCAAACGAUCUUCUGGCAAAAACAGUCAUACAGGUUGCCAAGGAUCACAAAAAUGUUGGCACAUUCAUUAAAGCUUGCCAGGGUUUUGGAAGAUUCAAAGAAGAAUUUCUAGCCGAUUUGUACACAACGAUCAAAAAACGGAUAAAAGAAGAAUCUAUUGAUUUGAAUUCACAGAAGCCCGAUCCCUCAUCUAUUCCGACAAAUUCCACAGUUCUUGGAGAAGUUCUGACAUCUUCUAAUUCUUCUGUUGGUGGCUUGAUUCGACCCGGAAAAUUAACUACUUCCGAAGAGAAUCGGCACGUUUUUAAAGCUCCGGCACCGAGGGUGUCAAUUUUGGGGUUAGAUAAGAUUGCAGAAGAAAAGAAGCGUAAAAAUAAGAAAGCUCAGGAAGAAGAGACGCGAUAUCCGACGAAAUCUAUAAAUAUUGGUUUAUCAUCAGAUUGGGACGAUGAUGAUUCUUCACAACAAGAUUCAAAUUUGGAUGAUAGCAAAUUGAAUGGGUCUUCAUCAAAUUCAAAAUCGCAUCAUCGAAGGAAAAUUGAUUCAGACGAACAUCGAGAAAGAGUAGAAAAAGACAUGCGGGAAAAGGAUCAUCAAAAAGUCGGGGGAUCAUAUAAAAGAUCAGGUGAAAGGGAUGUCGGUGGUAGAGAUGGACGGUAUCGUUAUGAAUUUUCGGAUUCAAAUCGUCGUUCGCCUUCUGUCGUUCGAGACGAUUCGAGAAAACGUUCUCCUUCGGUGUCAUCCAGACGAGAUGACCGAGACAAUUCAAGUAGAAGAUCGCCAUCAGUUACCACAAGUAGAAGUAGCUCAAGUCGAAGGUCUUCGUCUCUGUCGUCGUGGAGGGAUAGCUCGACCUCAUUAAGUUCUUGGCGUGAUUCUGAUAAGGGUUCGACACGUAUUAGUCGAAGUGAAUGGGAUUCUACACCAACAAGAAUUUUACCAAAAUUCUCUGGGGGAGGCCUAACAUCGCGAAAAGAUUAUCAACCACCCACUCCGCGACUUGCAUCAUUCGACUACGAUGAGAUGGAAUACGCUUAUCAUCAAGAUGACAAUGACAUUACUGAAGAUCCUGAUAGACUCUUCUGGGAAGAACAGCAACGUCAGUUAGAUCGGGAAUGGUAUAAUAUUGAAGAGUCAUCUAGUGCUAUGGAUGAUACGCACAACCCUUUCGCAGAUUAUUCGGAUUAUGUGCAGAAAAAAGAAGAAGAACUUGCUCAGAAACAGCUUAAAAAACUUUCAGCAAGACAGGAACAGUAUAACAAAGACAAUGAACUGUGGGAAACUAACCGUAUGCUUACUUCUGGUGUUGUUCAAAGAAGAGAAAUGGAUUUAGAUUUUGAAGAUGAUUCAGAG